AUGGGAGAUUGGGAUGAUGAAGAUGCAGAAGCCCCUGCUAUCGCUCCUAUAGCACCUAUCGCAAAACCUAGUCAAUGGGAAGGCGAGGAUGUGGAAGAUGAAGACGAAUCAUGGGACGACGAUGAAGAAGAAAAGCCAAAAUCCCCAUCUUCUACAACAACCUCUGCACCAGCACCUGCAAAAAAGAAGCAAACUCUAGCUCAAAAGAUUGCUGCUAGAAAGGAAGAAGAGGAUAAGAAGCGGCAGGCUGCUGCUGAUUCCGCCAAAAACACAGCAGAAAUACAAGACGACUAUGAAACACCAGAAGAGAAGAAGGCACGACAACAAAAGCAAAUUUUAGAUUCUGACUUGGAGAAUGCCAAAGAUUUGUUUGGUUCUACAAGCUCAGUGGUGGUGGAAGCUCCUCCAAGCAAACUAGAAACAAUGGAUCCGAAAAGCAAGGAGGAGUUUGAGGAGUACAGGACUGAGCUUACGAAGCUGAUAUCCAAGUUUGAGAAACGAGCACAAUACUCAUCAUUCGUCGAAUUCCUGGCUCGAGACUUGUGUGUAUCCAUGGACCCUACAGAAAUCAAGAGGAUAGCAACCACAUUAACGGCUCUAGCUUCUGAACGACAGAAAGCAAUGAAACCUGUCGCUCCUGGCAAGAAGAAGGCUGCUCCACGAUUGGCUGCCUCCAAAGCAUCGAGGAAUGAUGAUUUGGAUCUUACUGCUUAUGAUGAUAGUAAGGCUUGA